CUCGUUCCUCGACCCGGCCUGAGCUCGACUAUUUUCUUCCGGUCCGGUUCUCAUUAUUUUCAAUUCCUCUAUAUAAAGCCACACACACACCAAGAAUCGAGCAAAUAAAAUUAAAUUUAGAAAGAAAAAAAAGGCCGGCCCGGCAACCUUAACAUGUCGUCGCCGUCGUCUUCGUCGGAGGUACUAAGAAUAAAGAAAGACCAAAUUGCGGAGUUCCAGGAAGCCUUCAAUCUCUUCGACAAAGACGGCGAUGGUUGCAUUACGCUAGAGGAAUUGGCAGCGGUGAUCCGAUCAUCGCCGGAUCACCAGAACCCAUCGGAAGAAGUACUGCAGGAGAUGAUCAACGAGGCGGAUGCCGAUGGCAAUGGCACCAUCGAAUUCCCCGAGUUCUUGAACCUCAUGGCCAAGAAAAUCAAGGAAACAGACGCAGAGGAGGAGCUUAAAGAAGCUUUCAAGGUUUUUGAUAAGGACCAAAAUGGUUAUAUCUCUCCCACUGAAUUGAGGAACGUGAUGAUAAAUCUAGGGGAGAAACUGAGUGAGGAAGAUGUUGAAGAAAUGAUACAAGAAGCUGAUUUGGACGGUGAUGGCCAAGUAAACUUCGAUGAAUUUGUGAAGAUGAUGAUGCAUACCUCUUGCUAGAUGCAUGAAAGACUUCAAUCAAUAUAUCAAUUAAUAAAUAAUUGUGACAUUUUUUAUUUUCCCAUUUAAAUAUUAUCAAAUUUGGUAGUUAAUUAUUUCAAAAUCAAAAUAGAGGUAUAAUGACAGUGUGGUGUAAGAGUACGCAUUGACACUGUGAUGGAAAACUGAAAACAGUGUAAUAUUAUGGUGUGAUCAGCCAACCUUCGGUGAUUCGUGGUGUCAUUCUGGUGCUCGGCGUCGACGGAUGAUAGUGUGACAAUAUGGUAAGUAUUGUAGUGUAGCAAUGAGAGUUUGUACUCCUAUCUUCCUUUUUAAAGUCUUAUGACUGAUAUUCUAUUCUUUUCAUAAUGUUUUACUCCUAGGAAGGGAGUUUUUAUUUUUUUGUAAUGUGUAAAGUUGUGUCAAGUAAUUCUUUCCAUUUUAAAUCGAUGUAAUGUACUUUUUCUCAACAAAUGUAUUCUAUCCUU